AGACCACAGCUCUCCGCUUCUCCUCCUUGUUGAUCUGAGUUCACCUCCCUGCCUGAAGGAUGUCGUACCUCAGCCAGCAGCUCAGCUCCCGCUGCUUCCCCCCCUGUGAGGUGACCUGCCCGCAGCCCUGUGUUGACGCCUGCAGCCAGCCCUGUGUCACCUCCUGCGGGGACUCCCGUGCCGUGGUCUACCCCCCACCCGUGGUCAUCACCUUCCCGGGCCCCAUCCUCAGUUCCUGCCCGCAGGAGAGCUUCGUGGGCAGCUCAGCCCCGCUGGGGCUGGGGCUGGAGCAGCCCAGGGCUCUGCAGGGCUCCCUCCCCUAUGGGGGCUUCUCCUCCUCCUCCUUCUCCCAGCAGUCCAGGAGGUAUCGCUACAGGGACUGCAGGCCCUGCUGAGCACCGCAGAGGGUAUGGAUGGCUGGAGAAACAGCGGGGAACCAACGGCGAGACGUGGCUGUGCAUCUGAGCUGAGGAGCUCCCCCGAGCCCUGGUCACCCAUGACUCCAGCUAAUCCUCUGAGACCUGUGGGUGCUACUCAGCACCCAUGGGAACUGCUCUUCUGAUUGCCUUUCUUAUGAUCUUUUUGCUUUUGAUGUUGCCGCUGUGAACAUGCGCUGAUUUCUCAAACUGUGUCUUUUCCAUCCUCACAGGCCAGAGGCAGAGUUAUAGGGGUUAGAAACUGAACGAUUUGUUAUUUAGCCUGAGAACACAUGUACUGAUUUUCUGGUUUUGUGUUUCACCUGGAAGAUGUAACAGAACUCAUGUUAGGAAAGUUACUUUGCUCUCCAGGUAGGUUUUAUCAUCAGCAAAGCCUUUCUGUAUAUUCCAGAGCAGAACUUGGCUGAAAAAAUUAGCUCUGUCAGAGGAAAGAAAACGUACCUUGUGUGAAGUGCUCAGUGCUUGUUGAUGAAAUGUUUAUAAUCUUGUUUGAGAAACUGGAAACAUUCUUUCACUUUUUGUGGUUUAUUAUUGUAAAUGCCAUUUCUUGUUCUGAAUAAAAAAUCAUACUGCAUUCUA